UUCCGAUGUAUCUCUCUUCUUUCGAAACUCACUUCUUUCGAAGCAUGAAAUACGGCCAGAAGUGUCAGGACCAGUAGACCUCAAGCCGGCCAAAAAAAGUAUUAGUCGCGGCACAUUAACGUUAAUCGAUACUUACUUUUUAUAUCGCGUACUUCUUUUGAUUUCUUCGGAUUGCGUUUUUCAUUUCGGUUCUCCGAAGAAAGAUGGACCUCAAAUCGGACGGAAAGAAGCAUCCGAAUGGUAUGUGAAGCGUGCUGAAAAUGAUAACGAAACUAGCCGAUUUGACCCAGGUGGAAUCGUAACUGGAAGUGAUGAAGAAAAGGUGUUAGAAUGGAACCUGAAAACUGCUGAUGAAUCUGAACGUUGGAAAGGCAAUUCAAGAGUAAAAUGUGCAAAAGCAAAACGACGAAAUCAUGCCCGAAAGAGUCCUGACGUUUGGUGCCGCCCCCAGCGGAGCUGUGCAAGACCGCUCUAUUUAUUCCGAGAGAAACUAUCGACCCAUGUUGAUAUUCCUGAUAAGGAUCUCCAACUUAAAGAUAAGUCUCGUGGAACUCGACUUUAA